UUUGAAAACCCAAACCCAAAACCCUGGGUUGAGGAUAAAGCUCACAGGUUCUUUUCCCUCUCACUUUCAUGGGCCAAAUGGCGAACGUCACCUCCCAAAUGAAAAACUAGGGCGGCAUCUCAGCUUCCUCUGGAACAACCCCAUCAAAAUCAAGACAUGGAGAUACACUUGAAGAAAAAACCGAAGCUAGAAAUAUCACCCCCUCCACAAAGCAAUGACAAUUCUUCUUCCUUCAAACAAAGCCGUUCAGAAAUCAACUUGAUAAAUCUUCCCCAAGAUCCAGGACUACGACCUCAGAUCAUGGACUAUCAUGCCAGCGAUCGAGACCAAAUCCGUCGGGCAUAUCUUAAAAGGGGCCCUUGUCAACCUCGUAACCAUGUUUAUCCUCGAAAAAGAAUAGGAAAAAACCUCCAACAGUUCAAUCAAGCCUGGUUUAAUGAAUUUCCUAAUUGGUUGGAAUAUAGCAUAGCAAAAGAUGCUGCGUUUUGUCAAUAUUGUUAUCUUUUCAGACCAGAUAAUGGAAAUGAGGCAUGUGGUCGUCUUUUGUUAGCAGAGGCUUCUCAUCUUGGCAGAAGAAAGAAAAGUUGCGAACUCGUGUGGGAGGCCAUAAUAGUGCCCAUUACCUAGCCUGGUCUAAAUGCCAAGACUUGUUGGGCCAAAAGCAGCUUAUUCAGGCGAUUUCUCCUAAGCAGUCAGACCACGCUCAAAACCCCGGGUUGAGGAUAAAGCUCACAGGUACUUUUCCCUCUCUUUCAUGGGGCAAAUGACAAACUUUACCUCCCAAAUGAAAAACUAGGGCGGCAUCUCAGCUGCCUCAGAAAACACCCAUCAAAAUCAAGACAUGGAGAUACACUUGAAGAAAAAACCAAAGCUCGUAAUAUCACCCCAUCAACAAAGCAAUGACAAUUCUUCUUCCUCCAAACAAAGCCGCUUAGAAAUCAACUUGACAGAUCUUCCUGAAGAUCCAGGACUACGACCUCAGAUCAUGGAUUAUCAUCCCAACGACCGGGACCAAAUCCGUCAGGCAUAUCUUAAAAGGGGCCCUUGUCAACCUCGUAACCAUGUUUAUCCUCGAAAAAGAAUUGGAAAAAACCUCCGACAGUUCAAUCAGGCUUGGUUUAAUGAAUUUCCUAAUUGGUUGGAAUAUAGCAUAGCAAAAGAUGCUGCGUUUUGUCAAUAUUGUUAUCUUUUCAGACCAGAUAAUGGAAAUGAGGUGUGUGGUUGAUCUUUUGUUUGCAUAGGCUUCUCAUCUUGGCAGAAGAAAGAAAAGUUGCGAACUCAUAUCGGAGGCCAUAAUAGUGCCCAUAACCUAGCCUGGUCUAAAUGUCAAGACUUGUUGGGCCAAAAGCAGCUUAUUCAGGAGAUUUCUCCAAAGCAAUCAGACCACACUCAAAAUGAAUUCCAAACCUUCUUGAAAGCAUCAAUUGAUUUAGUUCGAUGCCAUCUAAGGCAGGGAUUUCUUUUCCAUGAUCCCGAAGAGUACUUAUUUGAUAUAAGUAAUGAAGGGUUAUUUCUUGAUCUGUUGAAGUUUAUUGCUGACAAAAUGAACACAUCAAAGCUGUACUUACAUUGGACAAUGAUCCUCAAAAUCUUGAAUUGGCAGCUGCUGAUCUUCGAAAGGAUAUUGUGAGUGUGGCAGCAUUUGAAACAGUCAAUGAGAUUAUUGGAGAUCUGGGCUCUGGACCGUUCUCUAUUUGGAUUGAUGAAACCCGUGACAUGUCAAAUGACGAUCAAAUCGCAGUUGUGCCAAGGUAUGUUAACAGAAAGGGGCAGGUAAUUGAACACUUUUUGGGUAUUGGACAUGUUACAAGUACUGAUGCUUUCUCGCGCAAGAUAGCAGUGGAAGAGUUAUUUAGUAGGCUAGGACUUAGUAUUUCUAGAUUGCGCGGGCAGGGUUAUGGUGUGGCUGAUAAUGUGCAUGAAGAAUUAAAUGGUCUCAAAACACUUAUACUUGAAGAAAAUCCAUGUGCAUAUUAUGUUCACUCUUUUGCUUAUAAACUGCAACCAGCUCUUGUUAAUGUAGCAGCGAAUAAUAGUGGGAUCCCUGUAGUCUUCUACUGUGUCUCUAGAGUUGUGAAUGUUGUUGGAGCUUCAUGCACAAGUCAAGACAUUCUUCGGGCGAAACAAGCUGCAAAAAUUGUUGAGGCACUUAAUAUUGGAGAGCUUUCAAGCUGCCAAAGCUUAAAUCAGGAGACCCGAAGUGACUAUUCUGGUGAAAUGUGUUGUGGCUCACACUAUACUGCAUUGGUUAACUUGAUUGGUAUGUUCGCUGCUGUAACUGAGGAGCUUGACAUGAUUUUGGAGGAUGGUUCAUUUGUAGAAGACCGAGUAAAUGCACGUAUCUUGUUCAGUGUGAUGCUAACAUUUGACUUUGUAUUCAGUCUUCAUUUGCUGAAAACAAUAUUGGGAAUUACAAAUGAGUUGUCACUGACAUUGCUAACGAGGGAUAACGGUACUGUGAAUGCUGGGGAAAUACUUGAAAUGUCCAAAAGGCGAUUUCUCAUGAUGAGGGAGAGUGGUUGGACCUCCUUACUUGAUGAUGUUUCCACAUUUUGUGCAGAGUAUGAAAUUGACGUUCCUAAUAUGGAUGAUCUGUAUACUGAAAAAGGGCGAAGAAGAGGCGACGUUCAGGAGAUCACGAACUUUCAAUAUUACAAGUUCGAGGUAUUCUGUGAUGUCAUAGAUUUGCAGAUUCAAGAAGCAUUGAUUUGCUACUUUGUGUGGCAUGUUUGA